AUGUCCAUUAUGGUGUUCAUCGAGAGGCUGUACAUGGGAGUCGUUAUAAUCCUUGUUAAACUGUUUAUGAAAAAGCCCGAAAAGAGAUACAAAUGGGAGCCAAUGCGUGAUGAUGUUGAGAUUGGCAAUGCAGCUUUUCCUUUGGUUCUUGUUCAGAUCCCCAUGUUCAAUGAAAAAGAGGUUUAUAAGAUCUCAAUUGGAGCAGCUUGUAAUCUUUCAUGGCCUGCUGACCGUUUGAUUAUUCAAGUACUUGAUGAUUCUACUGAUCUUGUAAUCAAGGAUAUGGUUGAGAAAGAAUGCAUUAGAUGGGCAAGCAAAGGCAUCAACAUUAGGUACCAAAUUAGAGAAACGAGAGGAGGGUACAAGGCAGGAGCUCUCAAAGAGGGCCUCAAACGAGACUAUGUCAAAGAUUGUGAAUACGUCGUAAUUUUCGAUGCAGAUUUUCGGCCCGAACCAGAUUUUCUUCAACGAGCCGUUCCUUUUCUAGUGCACAAUCCCAAUAUUGCCCUCGUACAAGCUCGUUGGAGAUUUGUGAAUUCUGACGAGUGUUUGUUGACAAGAAUGCAAGAAAUGUCGUUGGAUUACCACUUUACGGUCGAGCAAGAAGUGGGAUCAUCUACUCAUGCUUUCUUUGGCUUCAAUGGAACUGGUGGCAUAUGGAGAAUAGCAGCAAUCAAUGAGGCAGGAGGGUGGAAAGAUAGAACAACAGUUGAGGACAUGGAUCUGGCUGUAAGAGCUGGUCUCAGGGGAUGGAAAUUUCUUUAUCUUGGAGACCUCCAGGUGAAAAGUGAGCUUCCUAGUACGUUUAAGGCCUUUCGUUUUCAGCAGCAUCGAUGGUCUUGUGGUCCUGCCAAUUUAUUCAGAAAAAUGGUUAUGGAAAUUGCUAAGAAUAAGAAAGUGUCUCUAUGGAAGAAGUUUUAUGUAAUCUACAGCUUCUUCUUUGUAAGGAAGCUCAUAGCUCACAUGUUCACUUUCUUCUUUUACUGUGUUGUACUCCCAUUGACAAUUUUGGUACCAGAAGUUGAUGUUCCGAAAUGGGGAGCCAUUUAUAUUCCCUGCAUCAUCACAACUCUAAACUCAGUCGGAACUCCAAGGUCUUUCCAUUUGUUGUUUUAUUGGAUCCUGUUCGAGAACGUGAUGUCUUUUCACCGUACCAAGGCUACCAUCAUUGGUCUGCUUGAGGCUAAGAGAGUCAACGAAUGGGUUGUUACUGAAAAACUCGGAGAUGCUCUCAAGAACAAAUCCAACACCAAACCAGCACCAAAAAAAUUCAGAUUUAAACUCGGAGACAGAAUACAAAUACACGAGCUGGGCUUCGCUGUAUUUCUAUUCAUCUGUGGAUGCUACGACUUUCUAUAUGGAAAGAACAACUAUUUCAUAUACCUAUUUCUUCAACGCUGCAGCCCGGUCUAUCAUCGAAUUAUUGAAAUCCGUCUCUCUCUAAAACUCUUCGCUCUUCUUACCCAAAUCUUGAUUCGACUCUCGGUUCAUGUACAGAAGGUAUAUUUAUUGUCAGCUGAAGAGGCAAGUUGGAGAAGAUUUGGAUCUGGAGUCGUAAAUAUGUAUCGGCCUGGGGCUGCGACCACUACCCGAGGUGGAUUACCAACAGAUAGUGGAGAUUCCAUCGUGACACUCGACCAAGUUCCACGUUGGAGUGAUGCAGAGUAUAGAUCCUUGUAUGAGAAUGAAGAUCAUGCUUUCCCAAAUUCACAUUUUCCAGACCCGUUGGCAUCUGUUUCUGAUGGAGGCAGUAGUGGAAGCGGUAUGGUUUCUAGAUUUCCUGUGGAUCACGAAAUCAACUUGAAGCUAUAUCUUUGGAGGGGAAACCCAUGGAAUCUCGAGGUGGAUGCUGUAGUUAAUUCGACAAAUGAGAACUUAGAUGAAGCACACAGCAGUCCUGGUUUGCAUGCUGCAGCUGGACCUGGUCUUGCAGAAGAAUGUGCUACAUUAGGUGGCUGCCGAACAGGGAUGGCAAAAGUUACUCGUGCAUAUGACCUUCCUGCAAGGAGGGUUAUACAUACUGUUGGUCCUAAGUAUGCAGUAAAAUAUCAUACUGCUGCAGAGAAUGCUCUGAGCCACUGCUAUCGGUCUUGCCUUGAACUUCUCAUUGAAAAUGGUCUGCAGAGCAUUGCAAUGGGCUGUAUAUAUACAGAAGCCAAAAAUUAUCCUCGAGAACCCGCUGCUCAUGUGGCAAUAAGAACCGUGAGACGUUUUCUCGAGAAACAGAAAGAAAAAAUCCAAGCAGUUGUUUUUUGCAUUGAAACAGCAUCUGAUACUGAGAUAUAUAAAAGAUUGCUUCCGCUUUACUUUCCUCGGGAUAAACUUGAGGAGGAGGUGGCUAUUUCAAAACUUCCUGCAGAUGUUGGAGAUGAAAAUGGUGAGACAGUCAUAGAUGAACGUAAAAUCAGAAUAAAGCCAUUACCCAAUGUUAAGAAGACUGGCCCGAGAUUUUCCCAAGCCUCUGCUGAUCUUCCAGCCGGUGAUAUUAUUCCAGUCACUGAUGUUGGGUUGACGAGGCGGAACUCAUCAUACUUGGAUUCAUAUCUGGAUCCUGCAUUUAUGUCCUUGAUCAAAGAUCCAGAUCAGCGACGCAAAGAACGAUGGGAAAAAGCUGCACAAGCACGAAGUGGAUGGAAUUUUGCUAAAAUGCUUGGAUAUGGUGACCUUGGGGGCCCUCCUUUAUCUGCUGCUGAAGAAUACUCACUUCAUUCUCGAUAUCUAUCUAAAGCAAAUUCACUUAAUCUCUCUGAAAUUGCUGAAAUGAAAAUUGUCUACCGAGGUGGGGUUGACAGUGAAGGUCAUCCGGUGAUGGUUGUUGUGGGAGCUCACUUUCUGCUAAGAUGUCUUGAUCUAGAGCGGUUUGUGUUGUAUGUUGUAAAGGAGUUUGAGCCUUUGAUACAGAAGCCUUAUUCUAUUGUCUAUUUCCACUCCGCAGCAUCAUUACAGGCGCAACCAGAUCUGGGAUGGAUGAAGAGAUUACAGCAAAUACUUGGCCGAAAACACCAGCGUAAUUUGCAUGCGAUUUAUGUUCUCCAUCCUACCUUUGGGCUGAAAUCUGCAAUUCUUGCACUGCAAAUGUUUGUGGAUGACGUGGUAUGGAAGAAGGUGAUAUACGUUGAUCGUCUUCUACAACUAUUCAAAUAUGUCCCCCGAGAGCAAUUAACUAUUCCAGAUUUUGUGUUCCAGCAUGAUUUAGAAGUAAAUGGAGGGAAGGGCCUUAUCGUCGAUCCAAGGACAAAAUAUGUCUAUCAAAGACCAUAG